AUGGCUUCUUCAAGUCCUAACAAGGGAACUAAUAAGUAUGAAUCACUUUCACCUCUUCCACCUACCAUCCGUCCGCAUGUGGAAUCAGAAAAAGCAUACUUGCCUAUCAAGAAAACAUCAGAUAGAAAACUCUUGCCUAUGGCCAGGCGUGGUCUUGGAUCCAAGGGACAAAAGAUCCAGCUUACCACUAACCAUUUUAAAGUUAGCCUGGCCAAGAAAGAUGGCUUCUUCUAUCACUAUACUGUUGCUCUCUUUUAUGAAGAUGGACGCCCUGUGGAAGCCAGGGGUUUUGGGAGAAGGGUCAUAGAUAAAGUUUAUGAGACCUAUGCUUCUGAGCUGCAAAGCAAGGGCUUUGCAUAUGAUGGAGAGAAAGCAUUAUUUACUCUUGGUUCGCUCCCACGUAAUAAGCUUGAAUUCGUGGUGGUGCUAGAUGAAAUUUCAUCAAACAAGGUUGGAAGGAAUGGAAGCCCUGACAACACAGAGGGAACUGAUAAGAAGAGAAUGAGGCGUCCGUAUCAAUCCAAGACAAUCAAGGUGGAGAUCAGUUAUGCCAGAAAAAUCCCUAUGCAGGAAAUUGUUGAUGUAUUAAGCGGUCUAGAAUCUGAUCAUCAUCAAGAAGGAUUAAGGGUUCUGGAUAUCAUACCAAGGCAGCAUGCAGCAAAGCAGGGCUGCCUACUUGUGCGUCAAUCAUUCUUCCAUGAUAGAGUAGAAAAUUACAGAGACAUUGGAGGUGGUGUUCAAGGUUGCCGAGGCUUCCAUUCGAGUUUCCGAGCCACUCAAGGGGGUCUGUCUCUAAACGUUGAUAUGUCAACAACAUUGCUUCUAAAGCCUGGUCCAGUGUUGGAGUUCCUCUGCAUGAAUCAAAAUGUUAAUCGUACCAAUUUGAUUGAUUGGACCAAGGCAAAAAGGAUGUUGAAGAACCUGCGAAUCAAGGCUAACAAUAUGGAGUACAAAAUCACCGGAUUGAGUGAUAAGCCCUGUAGAGAUCAGACGUUUUCCUUGAAGCAAGGAAGAGACGCAAAUGGUGAGGUGAAGUCAAUUGAAAUAACAGUUGCUGCAUAUUUUGAACGCUAUAAAGGCAUCAGAUUGCGUGACUCAGCUAAUUUACCAUGCAUCAAUGUUGGCAAACCAAAGAAACCUUCUUAUUUUCCAAUAGAGUUCUGUACUUUGGUUUCAUUGCAACGCUACACUAAGGCCCUUACCAGUUUGCAAAGAGCUUCACUUGUGGAAGUGUCAAGGCAAAAGCCCCAUGAACGAAAGGCAUCUCUAUCAAAUUCACUGAAAAACUGCAGAUAUAAUGAUGAUCCUAUGCUUCGUUCUUCUGGAAUCACCAUUGACUCUGAGUUUACAAAAGUUGAAGGUCGUCUUCUACCAGCUCCAAAGCUUAAACUUGGGAAUGGGGAGGACUUCACUCCUAGAAAUGGGAGGUGGAAUUUUAAUAAUAAGAAACUUUAUCAACCUGUGGUGAUUGAACGUUGGGCCAUAGUCAACUUCUCUGCUCGUUGUAAUAUUAACAUCCUGAUCGAAGGCUUGCAGAGAUGCGCAGAAAGGAAGGGGAUGAUCCUCAAGGAGCCAUUUAGAGUGUUUAAAGAGGAUCUCCAAAUGAGUCGCAAGCCGGCCACUGUCAGGGUAGAGGAAUUGUAUGCAGUUGUGAUGAGUCAGUUGCCUGGGUUACCCCAACUUCUAUUGUGCAUUCUACCAGAGAAGAAGAAUUCUGAUAUCUAUGGUCCUUGGAAAAGAAUAAAUCUUGCUAUUGAUGGUAAAGGUAAAGGGGUUGUUACACAAUGUAUUGCCCCGACAAAAAUGAAUGAUCAGUACUUUACCAAUGUUCUACUGAAGAUUAAUGCCAAGCUUGGUGGGAUGAAUUCCUUUUUGGCAAUAGAGCAUUCACGUUCUAUACCUUUAGUUUCAAAUGUGCCUACCUUAAUUCUUGGCAUGGACGUCUCACAUGGCUCUCCAGGUCGAGCAGAUGUACCGUCUAUUGCUGCGGUUGUCAGCUCAAGGUGUUGGCCUCAAAUUUCACGUUAUAGAGCAUCAGUUCGUGCCCAAUCACCAAAGGUUGAAAUGAUUGCUAAUCUGUUCAAACCUAUUGCUCAUAAUAAGGAUGACGGUAUUAUCAGAGAGCUGCUUGAUGACUUCAUGAAUACUUCAGAAAGGAGGCCUGAACAUAUUGUCAUAUUCAGGGAUGGAGUCAGUGAAUCACAAUUCAAUCAGGUGUUGAACAUUGAGUUCGAACAAAUCAUUCAGGCAUGCAAGCAUUUUCAAGAAACAUGGGAUCCAAAGUUUACUGUGAUUAUUGCCCAAAAAAAUCAUCACACUAAGUUCUUUCAGGCCGAUGCUCAAGAAAAUGUUCCUCCAGGAACUAUCAUUGAUAAUAGAAUCUGUCACCCUAAGAACAACGAUUUCUACAUGUGUGCUCAUGCAGGGAUGAUUGGAACAAGCCGGCCUACUCAUUACCAUGUACUACAUGAUGAGAUUGGUUUCUCUGCUGAUGAUUUGCAAGAACUUGUGCACUCUCUUUGUUAUGUAUAUCAGAGAAGCACAACAGCUAUAUCAGUAGUUGCUCCAAUCUGUUAUGCUCACUUAGCAGCAGCACAAGUGGCACAGUUUAUCAAGUUUGAUGAAUUUUCAGACUCUUCUUCAAGCCAUGGUGGACUCACUUCUGUUAGCACACCUCAAGUCCAAGAGUUGCCUCGUCUUCAUGAACGAGUCCGUGGCUCGAUGUUCUUCUGUUAG